AUGGAGGAAGCGAAAGAUUUGAUGCGAGAAUUAUUUGCGGGGCUCGAAUUCAGUGAGGUGAGAUUUUUGAUUUUGAAAAUCAUUCAGUUCAAAAUGAAAUAUUUAUGAGUGCGUGGUUAACACUUGAUUUAUUUUCAAGUUUACAAAAAACAGUGGCAAGAUCCUGAUUAUAUCGAACAAAUUCCGAUGAUUAAAGUUUUUUAAACCAAAAAAACAUUUUCUCAACGCUGAAACGGUGGAGAAAAUGUAUUUUCUACGCAUUUCUCCUGUUUUCUCAGCCUUUCGAGAAAAUAAUUCACACCUCGGCCAAAAUCGUGGUUUCCACAAUAAAAAAUUGUACGCUAACUUUUUACAGUACAAAAAUUGUGAAUUUUUCAGUUUUUGUCCUCUAAAAAUUGUGAUUUUUCAAUUUUUGACCUCUAAAAACUGAAAUUCAGAUUUUUCAAAAAAUUGUACUCUGGCCAGCCACGGCUUGGCCGAGGUGUGAAAUAAUUGAAUAGCCCCAUAAUUUUAUUCCCAUAUUAAUCUUCACAGACACAUUUCUUAAUCUAAUAAAUUAUCGUACGAAAAUAUGAUUAUUAUUUCUUUUUUAGUCGCAAGAACUUGUUCAAUGGGCAUCUGAAUAUUUGACAAACACUCCACCGACCACAAUUUCGAAGGAUAAAAAAUUGGAGAAACUUCGGAAAAAGCAACAACAGAAGUUUGAAUCGAUUGCAACGGAUUUGAAGCAGCAGGUAUUUUUUGUUUAAUUAAGGCAGCAAAAUUAAUUAUGUAAUAUUUUGAAACAACAAAAAUGACGUAAUUGUGAUUUCUUUGAUUUUUCUUUCAGUAUUCAAGCAAACUAAAAUAGUUAAAAAUCAUGAUGCUUGAAAGUGAAGAAUUUCUAAUAUUUUCAAUUCAUAUUUUGGGAAUAACUGCAAUUCCAGUUCAUCUUUUCGGAACUUUUUGUAUUGUUUUCCAUACUCCAGUAACUAUGAAAUCUGUAAAAUGGGCAAUGUUUUAUUUACAUUUUUGGAGUGUUGUAUGGGAUAUUUAUUUGAGUAUUGUAUACUUGCCAUUUAUUAUAUUCCCAUUUGCCGCGGGUUAUACAUUGGGAUAUGUAUCUCCAAAUUUUCUUAAUUUUUCACAGCAAUCUUAUAUUGCUGUUUCGCUUCUUGGUCUAAUUGGAUGUGCAAAUGUUGUGUUUUUCAAAAAAUCGAUAUAA